AUGAAGUUCUCCGCCGCCGUUGUCCUGGCCGCCGCCAUGGGCGCCUCUGCUCACCCUAGCCACCACGCUCACCGCAACGCUCACCGUUCCGUUGUUGGCCGCGAGUUCGUCAUGGCCAAGAAGCCUGCUCCUCCUGCGCCCACCACCGUUGCGCCUUCUGCACCCGCGCCCACCACCGUCACCCCGGCCACCAUCUCGGUCGCCUCCGUGGCUCCCGCCAGCCCCUCGGCCGACGCCGGCUCCGGCUACAAGCCCUUCUGCAACGGCAACAAGAAGCGCGCUACCCUCGCUCAGAUUGCCUACUCCGGCAACACUGGCGCUCCCGGCAAUUACGGCUGCAACAUCAUGGAGGUUUCUGCCAGCGCUGCGUCCUCUUACGACUACACCAUGAAGUUUGUCAACGCAGGCAGCUCCGCGCAGGCCUGUGUCUGCUGGAACAAAAUUGGUCCCGAUGGUGGCAUCAACGGCUUCUUUAAGAACAACCAGGCCAUUGACUUCAACCUCCCCGUUGGUGGCGAGACCUACGUUGCCGUCGAGGGCAACUCCCAGAUUGGCUGCUCCUGCGGCAGUGGCGCCGUUGACCUGACGUCGUUUGGCCAGUUCGCCGGUACCUGGGUCGAGGCCGACUUUGCUAACGAGUCCAACAACAAGUGGUCCGGCUUCGACGCCUCGGCUCUUGUCCCUGCCAAGUUCGGUCUGAAGAUUCCCGGCAUGAGCGUCUGCGGCCAGGGUGUUUGCUCUGACAUCUACCCCGGCGGAGCGGGAAAGAAUGCCUAUCUCGGCGGCAUGGAGGCCGCGGACGGUAUCGGCGGCAACAUCAAGCCCGGUCCCCUGGCCCUUACCGUCAAGGUCAACACCAACUAA